AUGCAUGCGAGCAAGAUCAUACAUCGAGACAUCAAGCCGCAGAACGUCAUGGUAGAUGAGCUCGGCAGAGCCAAGUACAUCGACUUCGGCCUCUCCAAGGAGGAAGAGCUAUCCAGACAGACUAGCGCGAGCUACACCAUGGUAGGAACGCAGAGCUGGAUGGCCCCCGAAGUGAAGAAGGGAGAGAAAGCGACCGCAGCGUCGGACGUGUACUCUUUCGGGUUGGUAGGGAAGUAUGUGCUGCUUUUCGGGGGAGGACAGAAGCUGCCUGACGACAUCUACGGCAAGAUGGUGGCCUACUGCACGUGCGACAAUAUUCAAAGAAGACCAACGUCAGGAAUAGUCGCUACAAGCUUGAUGGCAAAGCAGGAUCUCUUCCCAUCUAAUGCCUACUGCAUGUGCGACAAUAUUCAAAGAAGACCAACGUCAACAUCGUUGUUUUGCAUUUGA